UGUUGCGUUUAGUGGCUGGCUAUCAUAUUAUAGUUUCUAAAAAUGGAAUAGGCCAAAUUUGGAGUGUGUGGGUUAUUUAUUCACGCAUUAAGUCAAUAUUAUAAUCAAUAAUUGGUUAUAGCGCCAUCUAUUAGUUCAGCUCUGUACUACUAAAGGAGUUGGCUAUUAAUAUGAGCAAGAACUGUGUCCAGUGCGGGCGUUUUGUAGCCCCAACGUCAGAUGUCGUAGCAAAAUGUACGAAGUGUUCUUCUUUGUUCCAUCGGGAAUGCGCAAAAUUAAGCCCUAGCGGCCCCAUUCCCAGGAAAUGGAUUUGUUGUCCCUGUAUUAAAGGCAAGGGAAAAGUGGCGACCUCAAGAAUUCCAGACACUCCGAACCAUCAAUUGCCAUGCUCCCCUAAUCCAUCGCAGGCUGCGGCUGCCGUAGCCCAGGCCGUUGGGAACCCUAGUAUGCACGAUGAUGUUGCAAGUAGCAUAGUGGCCGAGCUCAGACUUUUGCGAAGUGAAAUCUCCUGCUUCAGAGGGGAGAUGGCACAACUGAAUGCUAGUAUAAUCGAGUUUAACUGUCGGGUGGAGAAAAUGGAGGCUAGGCUCUCACAAUUGGAGGCGCAAUCUACGUCGCGUGAAUUAGGUGACCAGGAUAAUGUGCAAUCUGUUAUUUCACAUCUUCAAGAACAACUAAAUGAAAGGGAUCAAGACUUACUAUCAAAUAAUGUGGAAAUAUCGGGUUUGCAAGAAAUUGCCGGUGAGAACCUUAUAAACCUAAUUAGCCUGGUAGGAAAAAAAUUAGGAGUCGACGUGGAUGAUCGUGAUGUGGUCUCUGCGGAGCGCGUGGGCCCGCGGCGCGUCUCAGUAGGCUCCGGCGUCGGCGAUGCGGACGGGCAGUUGCGCCAGCGGCCGCGGCCCGUAGUCGUGCGUCUCGCUCGGCGCGCGGUGCGAGACAACUUGUUGCACGCGGCCCGCGUGCGCAGAGGGGCUGAUACCUCGGGCAUUAUAUCUGACUCCGCUCCACGACGUUUUUAUGUUAAUGAGCAUCUUAGCCGAAUGAACAGGCAACUAUUUUAUAAAGCACGCGAGGAAGCCCGCAAAAAUAACUGGAAAUAUGUGUGGACCAAGGGGGGACGUAUAUAUAUUCGGCAUACGAGUUCAGCGCCCGUACAUCGUGUUCGCACUGAAGCAGAUAUUGAGCGUUUUUUUGGAAGCGUAUCUAUUUGAUUUUAGGAUGCGAUAAGGCUAUAUCAUUGUAUAUAAAUAGACUAUGGCGUGUUUUUUCAUUUUUAGAUAAUAACAAUCCACAAUUGUUGU